AUGUCGCAUUUCAAAAUAGUCUUUUUGACUUCUCUCUCGCUUGCGUUGGUGUUUGAAUUGUUCAACACUAUAUCAGUACCGAUAACAUCACAUUUGUUCAUUUCGGAGUAUAAUGGAUACAAAUUCGGUGUAUUUGGGUGGUGUAAAGUGGACGGAUCCAUUUGCUCCCCAAUACGUAUGGGAUAUUCAUUGGAUGAUAUCCUUCUCUUCAAUGAUAAUGAAUACCUUCAUCUACCAAACCAUGCUAAGUACGCUCUUUCGAAGUUAUUGCUGGUUCAUGUAUUGUCUUUUGUAUGCGUACUGGUGUUUUGGUUAUUUGCCAUUCUAAUAUGUAUUAAAUGGUUAAACACUUCAAAGAGUGUGUUACUUUUCGCCGUGGGCUGGUCCAUGGUCACUUUCAUGGUUUCCCUCUUGGGAUUCCUUAUUGACGUUUUAAUGUUUGCAUCCCACGUCACGUGGUCAAGUUGGUUGAUGUUAGUUAGCGCAUUCUUCGUGGCCUUAAGUGGCAUUUUACUUUGCCUGAUGAUUAGAGAUUUAUCUUACAGAAGGUUCGUCAAGCUGCAAGGAGAAGUGGACGUUUGCGUCCCGAUGACAGAGCCACGAGAUCCGGAUGAAUUAAACGAAAUUUGGAAAAAGAAAACUUCGAAGAGAGAGAUCCUCUGA